AUGGAUAACAGUAGUACCGCAAGUGGUCAGAGCAAUACAGACGCUUCUCGUCGCCAUCAUCACCAUCACCACCAUCAUCAUCAUCAUUCCGGUGGCCAGAAGUCCUCCUUGAGUGAUGGUUCGCAUAUUGGUAACUAUCAAAUUGUCAAGACUUUAGGGGAAGGGUCCUUUGGGAAAGUUAAGUUGGCAUAUCAUAUGACUACGGGACAGAAAGUUGCCUUGAAAAUUAUUAAUAAGAAAGUUCUGGCAAAGAGUGAUAUGCAGGGAAGAAUUGAAAGAGAAAUUUCAUAUUUGAGAUUAUUGAGACAUCCUCAUAUUAUAAAACUGUAUGACGUCAUCAAGUCAAAGGAUGAAAUUAUUAUGGUUAUGGAAUAUGCAGGGAAUGAAUUAUUCGAUUAUAUUGUACAAAGAGAUAAGAUGAGUGAAGAUGAAGCUAGGAGGUUUUUUCAACAAAUUAUCAGUGCAGUGGAGUAUUGUCAUAGACAUAAGAUUGUUCAUAGAGAUUUGAAACCAGAAAAUUUAUUAUUAGAUGAACAUUUGAAUGUUAAGAUUGCGGAUUUCGGUCUUUCCAAUAUCAUGACUGAUGGUAACUUCUUGAAGACAUCAUGUGGGUCUCCAAAUUAUGCAGCACCAGAAGUCAUUAGCGGAAAAUUAUAUGCAGGUCCUGAAGUCGAUGUUUGGUCAUGUGGUGUCAUUCUUUAUGUCAUGUUAUGCCGUCGUUUACCAUUUGAUGAUGAGAGUAUUCCAGUUUUGUUCAAAAAUAUCAAUAACGGUGUUUACACAAUCCCAAAAUUUUUAUCUCAAGGUGCUUCCACGUUAAUUAAGAAAAUGUUGAUCGUUAACCCAUUAAACAGAAUUAGUAUUCAAGAAAUAAUGCAAGAUGAAUGGUUCAAAGCUGGGUUACCAGAAUAUUUGAUACCUCAAGAUUUGAAACAACCAACGGAGGGAAUAACUUCCCAACCUCAAGAACCUAAUGGUGAACCUCCAUCUCAACAAAAUGAUGAGAUUGAUGAUGAAUUAGUCACUGUGUUAUCAAGAACAAUGGGUUACGAAAAGGACGAAAUUUAUGAAUCCCUAGAAUCUAGUGAAGAUACUCCAGUUUUCAAUGAAAUUAGAGACGCAUAUAUGUUAAUUAAGGAUAAUAGAUCGCUAGUCAAGGACAUGAAGGCUGAUAAAUCAAUCGGAGAUGAAUUGGAUACAUUCUUAGCACAAUCGCCACCAUCAUUCGAACAACAAAAGAAAAUACAUUCCUCCUCCACGGGGCCAAAUAAAUUAUCCAAGGGUUCCAAACGUAUAAGUUCUGUAACACAGCAAAGAACAUAUCAUCAACCUCCAUUUAUGGACCAAUCUAAGGAGGAAGAUUCCACAAUCUCCAUUUUACCAACAUCUCUACCUCAAAUUCAUAGAGCAAAUAUGUUAGCACAAGGUUUACCUGCGGCAUCAAAGAUUUCACCCUUAGUUACCAAGAAAUCUAAAACUAGAUGGCACUUCGGUAUCAGAUCUCGGUCUUACCCAUUAGAUGUGAUGGGGGAAAUUUAUAUAGCAUUGAAGAACCUGGGCGCUGAAUGGGCUAAACCUUCGGAAGAAGACUUAUGGACGAUUAGAGUCAGGUGGAAAUAUGAAAGUGGCACCCUCAAUAGAAAUAAUGAAGGUAUCCCGGAUUUAAUGAAAAUGGUUAUUCAAUUAUUUCAAAUUGAAACUAACAACUACUUGGUGGAUUUUAAAUUUGAUGGCUGGGAAAAUAGUAAUGGUGAAAUAGUAAAUCAUUCCAAUAUUUCAGAAGAUGAAAUGAGCACAUUUUCCGCAUACCCAUUUCUACAUUUGACUACAAGGCUAAUUAUGGAACUAGCCGUCAAUAGUCAAGGAAGUUAG